ACGGGCAUUUUGAGUGGAUCGUUAUGCCUUUUGGCCUCACCAAUGCCCCGACAACCUUUCAAGCGGCAAUGACCAACGAGUUCCAUGUGAUGCUGAACCGGUUCGUACUAGUCUACUUAGAGGACAUUCUCGUCUAUAGACGGACAUUGGAGGAUCAUCUUGAGCACCUUCGACGAGUGUUGGAGACGCUCUGCCGCGCCAAGUACAAAGCCAACCGCGACAAGUGCGAAUUUGUCUGGCAAGAGCUGGAAUACUUGGGCCAUUUUGUCACACCGGAGGGCAUCAGUCCGUUGUCGGACAAGAUUCAAGCCAUCCAAGAGUGGACGGAGCCGAAGACCGUCACAAAUGUCCGUUCCUUCCUUGGCUUAGCCGGCUACUAUCAACGCUUCAUGAAGGGAUACUCGAAGAUCGCAGCUCCUUUAUCCAAGCUUCAAUGCGAGGAUCGGCCAUUCGACUUCGACGACAAUGCGCGAACUUCCUUUUUGGCUCUCAAAGCCUCAUUGCUAUCCGGGGAGGUGUUAUGCAUCUACGAUCCGCUUUUGCUGACACGUGUCACUACCGAUGCGUCCGGCUAUGGCAUUGGUGCUGUCCUCGAGCAACAUGACGGUGUGGAUUGACACCCGAUCGAGUACUUUAGCAAGAAAGUGCCCGCCAUGCACUCGAUU